AUGGCAUUCACAUUCCUCCUCCUGCUUGCAGCUUCUAUAGCUCAAGCUCUUCGCUUUGACCCAGCCCUGACCAAAUACAACUUGAACACGAACCAACAGGCCACAAAUCCCUUGGACUACUCAGGUCAAAGGUUGGGCCAUCAAUAUCACCCGUCACCUGACAAUUGGCGGUUCCCAUUCUAUACCCUGUUCCUAGAUCGGUUCGUCAAUGGCGACCCAAGCAACGAUAAUGCGAACGGCACAGCAUUUGAGCAAGAUAUCUUCAGCAACCAGCUCCGACAUGGUGGCGACCUCCAAGGUCUCAUCGACACGCUGGACUAUAUCCAGGGCAUGGGCAUCAAGGGUGUCUAUAUUGCUGGAUCUCCCUUCAUAAAUGCACCAUGGGGUGCUGACUCCUAUUCGCCUCUCGAUCUAACACUUCUCGACUUUCACUUCGGCGAUAUCGCACUAUGGCAGAAGACUAUCGAUGAGAUACACAAGAGGGGGAUCAUGGGUGAUUUGAUUGGCUUCGAAGGCUUCCUGAACGAGUCGACGCCGUUUGAUCCGAAGGAACACAAAGUUCUGUACAAGGGCGAGCGACAGUACCACGACUUCAGCUUCGGAAACAACUACAACACAACCUGUGCCUACCCGCGCUUCUGGAACGAGACGGGGUUCCCCAUUGACGCUAAAGAUCGGGAUACGCUCAAGGGCUGCUUCAACUCCGAUUUCGACCAAUAUGGCGACAUUGAAGCCUUCGGUGUGCAUCCGGACUACCAGCGACAGCUGGCCAAGUUUGCAUCGGUUCAGGAUCGUCUUCGGGAGUGGGUACCUUCUGUACGAAAACGCCUCGAGGUAUUCUCGUGUAUCGCGAUCAAUAUGCUCGACAUCGACGGGUAUCGUUUCGACAAGGCUGUCCAAGUUACGGUUGACGCGCAGGGUGACUUCUCUGAGUCAAUGCGCCAAUGUGCUUCAAAGCUUGGCAAGAAGAACUUCUUCAUGCCCGGUGAGAUCACAGGUGGUAACACUCUCGGAUCGAUCUAUAUUGGCCGCGGUCGACAGCCGGACCAGAAGCCAAAAGAUCUCGCGGCAGCUAUCAAUCUCACGGACAAAUCGGACAGCAAGCUCUUCAUCCGUGACAAGGGAAAGAAUGCGCUUGACGCUGGCGCUUUCCACUAUUCGGUGUACCGCUUCCUGACGCGCUUUUUGGGAAUGAGCGGCAAUCUUGAGGCUGGUUUUGAUCUGCCGCCGAACUGGGUGGAUGCAUGGAACGAGAUGAUCCUGACUAACGACAUGGUCAACGCGAAUACUGGCAAAUUCGACCCAAGACACAUGUUUGGUGUUGUAAACCAAGAUAACUUCCGCUGGCCUGCGAUUGUGCAGGGUAUUGAACGUGAACUGCUUGGUUUCUUCAUUACGACUCUGCACCUACCUGGCAUUCCGCUCCUGUACUACGGCCAGGAGCAGGGGUUGUACGUGCUGGACAAUACGGCUGAGAACUAUAUUUUCGGAAGACAGCCGUUCUCUUCGUCGCCGGCUUGGAAGUUGCACGGUUGCUAUUCUAUGGACAGCGAGCAGUACAAGGGUUGGCCAAUUGAUCAGGGCCGUAAAGGCUGCCAGGAUGAGGGUGUCGCUCUUGAUCACAGAGACCCCAGCCACCCGAUGAGGAACAUCCUCAAGCACAUGUUCCACAUGCGCGAGAACUAUCCUGCUCUCUCCGAGGGCUGGUUGCUACAGGCGCUGGGUAACCAGACCGACCUCACAGUCCUAGAAGGCAGUGGAAAGACGCCUACGGAGCGUGGUAUCUGGGGUGUGGCCAGAGCUUUCUUCCCUGGCAUUCAGAGCCGUGCGCCCACUGGCGCAGUCUGGCUUGUCUAUCAUAACAGAGACAAAACCACUGAGUACACUUUCGACUGCGACGACAAGGACAAAGCAUUCAUUGCACCAUUCGACGAGAAGACCGUGGUCAAGAACUUGUUUUACCCCUUUGACGAGAUCACUCUCGAGAGCUCCGAUGUAAAGCUUGGUUUCAAUGAGUCAAGGAAACCGAAUGGUUGCUUCUCCAAGUUCAAGAUGGAGCCUUUCGAAUAUCGGGCAUAUGUUCCCAAGUCGCUGUUUGUCGGCCCGCCCCCCAUGAUUACAAAGUUCACUCCUGGCCAUGAUGCUGCUGUCAACUCUGCGGACGCCAAGGGCUCCGUAGAUAUCAGUUUCCAUUUCUCCCAGGAGAUGGACUGCGAUGGUGUCACGGACUCUAUCAGCAUCGUGUCUACUGUCGAAGGCAACAAUGGCAACGCGGAGAUCGACAACUCCACUGUCAAGUGCACCACUCUAUCCGAUGAUGAGAAACCGCCGUAUGUCGGUGCUAUUGGUUCCAAGUGGAGCUGGUCUGCUAAGCUCCAAGGUGUCUCUGAUGGUAUCCACGCCAUCACUGUCAAAAACGCCACGAAUAAGGCUGGCAAUGGGAAGACCGGAGCAAAUGACAAGUUUCUGCUUCGUGUUGGUGCUGUUGAGAAUCCGGUCGUUUUCCCAACCACAGCGAACUAUUCCAAGACUCUCCUGACCAGAGAGGGCAACGACCUCUUUGUUAAUCACAAGGCAGCUGGUGCAUCUCAAUGGCGCUACUCCACUAACUGGGGCUCUUCCUGGAGCAAUUGGCAGGCAUACACUGGCGGAAAGCAAAAGAUUGACCUUCUGCCAUGGUCUGGUACGAAACGCCAGGAGUGGUCUGGCGACCACGUCAUGGUCCAAUACUUCUCGCGUGAGCUCGGAUCAUCUAGCAUCAUGCAACAGGGUGACAGCAAGGAUCAACCAGCUCGCCGAUUCCCACACAUCUUCCUUCAUGGUACGUUCAACAAGUUCGGAUUCGACGCCGGCCUGAGGAACAGUAUGAAGCUGAAGAAUGAUGGAAACUGGGAAAUGCAUUUCAUGGACGAAUGGCCCAGUUCAUUUCAAAUCAACGUCUGGGGAAUCAACCCAGAUGGCAAACCGGAUCAGACAUACAUCAUGGGAGAUGUCGACAACGACACAGUGACUGACCGCUUGCCUCCAAAUGCACUUGCACCAAAUUUCCUGAACGCCACACGAUCACCUGCAAGCCCAGCUCUGAGCUACAAGUUGAGAUUCAACGAUGCCAAUCUGAAAUUUGAGCUCAUUCCCUCUGGCAACAGAUGGUGGCAGCUGAUUCUUUUCAUUCUGCUUGCUACCCUGCCCGUCGUUGGUGGUCUAUUCGCUGUGUGGAUCUUCAUGGGAUCUUUCUACAAAGUCAAGGUCAACAAGGUUGGCUUCAAGCGUCGCGGCCGGUCACCGUUCCGACAAGUUGCGAACCGUCUUUCAAGCAUCUCUUUCGAAGACUUUCGCAGAUCUCGUGACGACAGCGUCGAGAUGGGCGCAGUUGUGAAGGGAGGUGCAGGGGGUGUGAUAAAGAGGCGAACUGUCCUCAUUGCCACGAUGGAGUACAACAUCGACGACUGGAACAUCAAGAUUAAGAUUGGUGGUCUCGGUGUUAUGGCUCAGCUUAUGGGCAAGGCUCUCGAGCAUCAGGACCUGAUCUGGGUUGUCCCUUGUGUCGGCGGCAUUGACUAUCCCAUUGACCAGCGCGCUGAGCCAAUGUACUGCACUAUCAUGGGCAAAGAUUACGAGAUUGAAGUCCAGUACCACCAGGUCAACAAUAUUACUUACGUCUUGCUUGAUGCCCCUAUCUUCCGAAAGCAGACCAAGGCCGACCCGUACCCACCUCGCAUGGAUGACAUCGAAUCCGCCAUCUACUACAGUGCCUGGAACUACUGCAUUGCCGAGACAAUUCGACGAUUCCCCAUUGACCUCUACCACAUCAAUGAUUAUCAUGGUGCUGCGGCUCCUCUAUACCUCCUUCCUGAGCGCACAAUUCCCUGCGCUUUGAGCUUGCAUAAUGCUGAGUUUCAAGGCAUGUGGCCGAUGCGUAAUCCCGAGGAGUCUAAAGAGGUUUGUGAUGUCUUCAAUCUCGAUCAAGAGAUUGUCAAGGAGUAUGUACAAUUCGGAUCAGUCUUCAACCUCCUUCACGCUGGUGCAAGCUAUCUCCGUGUUCAUCAACGUGGCUUUGGUGCUGUCGGUGUCUCCAAGAAGUAUGGUGACCGGUCUUAUGCUCGUUAUCCUAUCUUCUGGGGCUUGUCCAAGAUCGGACAACUGCCCAAUCCUGACCCCACUGACACCGCUGAGUGGAACAAGGAAGAAGAGCUGAAGGAAAAGGACAUUGUCAUCGAUCAGGAAUUCGAAUCUAAGCGUGGUGAGCUCCGAAAGCAAGCCCAAGAAUGGGCUGGACUGGAAAUCAACCCUAAUGCAGAGCUCUUCGUCUUCGUUGGACGCUGGAGUUUGCAGAAGGGUGUCGAUCUGAUCGCAGAUAUCUUCCCAUCAAUUCUCGAGAAGUAUCCUACAACUCAGCUAAUCUGUGUUGGUCCUGUUAUCGACCUCUACGGAAAGUUUGCUGCUCUGAAGCUGAGCAAACUCAUGGAGAAGUACCCCAAGCGAGUCUACAGCAAGCCUGAGUUCACCGCACUGCCACCGUACAUUUUCAGUGGUGCCGAGUUCGCUCUCAUCCCCUCCCGUGAUGAGCCCUUUGGUCUUGUCGCUGUCGAGUUUGGCCGUAAAGGAGCUCUCGGUGUUGGUGCCCGUGUUGGUGGCUUGGGUCAAAUGCCUGGUUAUUGGUACACUAUCGAGUCCACAGCACCUCAGCAUCUUCUGCAUCAGUUCCGGGGUGCUAUCGUCUCUGCUCUUGAUUCAAAGCAGAAGACGCGUGUGAAGAUGCGGGCCUGGUCCGCUAAGCAAAGAUUCCCCGUUGCCCAGUGGCUUGAGGAUCUGGAGAAGCUCCAGUCUGAGGCGAUUCGCAUCCACAGCAAGGAGGCUAAGAAGAAGAAGAGAAUCAGCAGCGGGUCUCUCCUGGCUGUCCCGAGCUCAAUAAACCUGAAUGAGAACACGAGAUACUUCGACGACGCAUCCGACGCCGAGCCAAGCCCACCGCCAUCGACUCUCGUAUCUCGCAGCGCCAGCCCUCGUCAAUCUCGAGCCUCCAGUCUUUCGGUCCCAUUCCUGUUCGAAGAGGAGCGUUCUCGCUCGCGAUCUGUGUCCAAUCCAGAUCCGGAUGAUGCCGAUCUCAGCGGCCCACUCCUGCCUCCUAAUCCAUUCUAUGCCAGUUCCAUUCCUGAUAACCGUGGAUCUUCGGACAGUCUGGCAACGAUCGUGGCUCGCAGUGAAAACAACAUGUCACGACAGAGCAUGGAUAGCUUCGCAUUCCGGAUGAUGGCACCAGAUGGAAUUAGCCGCCCGAACUCUACAUUCGGGCUCAACACGCCCCAAGCUCGUGGUCGGAUGUAUCAGCAGAACCGCAACUCAUCGAGACUCAGUGUCAUUGAUGUCGUUGGUGAGAGAACAGACUACAAGCUGCAGAAGGUGGAUCCAUUCUUCACAGACAGUACUGGCGAGUUCUACCGCACCUUCGAGGCGAAGCUUGAUGGCUUGACGGCCAAGAAUAGCGACACAGACCUGUGUAUCGAGGACUACUUGACUAAGUCGGAGAAGGAAUGGUUCACGCGGUUCAGAGAUGCGAAGCUCGGACGAUCUCGAUCACCCAGCCGAAGCCCUGCGCCAAGUGUAUUGCGAAAGAAGAGGCACAGCAGGAAUGUGAGCGCCGUGAGCAUCAAUAGCAUUGCCCCUAGCGACGAGGGAAGCAGUGAUGACCAUGCCAUUGCGGGCGAGAUGGAGCGCGACGAUGAAUUUCUACUGGGUAGCGGGUAUAAGCCUCCUACCGGUAUCAAGAAAUUACUCCAGAUCCGACUCGGUGACUGGCCCAUCUACUCAUUCCUUCUGGCACUGGGACAGAUCAUUGCCGCGAACUCUUACCAAAUCGUUCUCCUGACUGGCGAGGUUGGUCAAACAGAGACCAAGCUCUACAUUGUGGCCGGCACAUAUGGCGCAACCACCAUUCUCUGGUGGUUCGUUUACCGCCGCUUCAAGUCUUUAUAUACCUUAUCUCUUCCCUGGUUCUUCUAUGGUCUCGCUUUCCUGCUACUUGGUGUCUCGCCUUUCAUUCCUCUCAAGGGCAGAGGCAGCGUUCAAGAUGUUGCGACUGCUAUGUACGCCACGGCAGCCUCGACUGGCAGUAUCUUCUUCUCGGUCAACUUCGGCGACGAAGGCGGCGCCCCAAUCAGCACCUGGAUCUUCCGCGCUUGCGUCAUUCAAGGCAUCCAGCAAGUUUAUGUGGUCGCUCUCUGGUACUGGGGCAGCAUCCUGAGCAAGUCAUCCUCAGCCGCUGCAGUAAAUGGUGUCUUCAUCGCUGGUGGCAAGAUCCCCGAGAUCCUGGUCAUCACCGUACCCAUCGCUAUCGUCCUCUGGGCAGUUGGUGUCAUUCUUUUCAUCGGAUUACCAGACUAUUACCGGCAAUCUCCCGACAAGAUCCCGUCAUUCUACGGCUCUCUCCUCCGUCGUCACAUCGUCCCCUGGUUCUUCCUGACUGUCGUAGUCCAGAACUACUGGCUAUCCGCACCAUACGGUCGUAACUGGGAGUUCCUGUUCUCCUCGCAGCACAUCCCAGGUUGGGCGACGCUGCUCCUUGCAGUCGGCUUCUUCGUCAUCCUCUGGGCGCUUCUUCUCUAUGGUUUCAGCUUCUUCAGCAAAAGCCACCCAUGGAUCGUCCCCAUCUUCUCCAUCGGUCUCGGUGCGCCCCGUUGGGCACAGAUGCUCUGGGGCACGUCCGGCGUAGGUCUCUAUCUCCCUUGGGCCGGCGGCGCGGUGGCUUCCGCCAUCAUCUCACGGUGCUUGUGGCUCUGGCUCGGCCUCAUGGAUACCAUCCAGGGCGUCGGCCUAGGCAUGGUCCUGCUUCUCACGCUGACCAGGCAGCACGUGGCGGCUACGCUCAUGGGGGCUCAGGUCCUUGGUAGCAUUGCCACUAUUCUGGCAAGGGCGACAUCGCCCAACAAGAUCGGGCCUGGCGACGUGUUCCCUGACUUCUCGGAGGGCGUCAUGCCAGGUAUCGGCAAGGUGUGGUUCUGGGUCGCACUGGGCAUGCAGUUGAUUCUUCCAAUUGGGUUUUUCAAAUUCUUCAGAAAGGAACAGGUUGCCAAACCAUAA